CGUUGAGAUGUUUAUCCUGCUUCUCCAGUCAAAUGAUUUGUGUGACAAAAAAAAAAGGACAGAGAUAACACGGAGUUAACAGACCAACGUGUCGCUGGAAUCAGUGGAAACACAUCAAUCAUCAGAUAACGGAGGGACUGCAUUCUGGAAAGAGAUAAGAUGACGUGACAGAUACACACAGACUGUGGUCUGUGUCAUUUCACGGUAGCUGUGUCUCAUAGGUUAGUGUAGAGUUUGUGUAAGUGACGUUCAACUCCAACUCUUGCUUUCUUAAUAAACGCCCACAUUGUCAAGCAGCGCGUCACUGUCAUUAUUGGAGGAUUUGUUUUUUUUUCUUCUUCUGUCAGUAUGGUUCCAUCAGCUGCAGCAGCAGAAACUAGGAUCGCAUGGAGAGAUGAAAGGUGCUGAAAAGGUCUGGACAGCUGAUCCCGACUCAGCCGAGGACUCCGCCACACUCGUCCUCACCUCCUCGUCACUGACCAGAUCUGGAUCUUAUAUGCCAGUCGGCUGACUGAGGAGGUUUUCAUGCCCAGUCUCGACUUCACCUCCACCAUGGCAGGAGACCUCUACAGCCCUCCGUCCCCCCUGGGGGACUCCCUGCUGGACAGUCCUCUGUGUGGAGAGCUGAUGGAGGACCUUCCAGACAUCUCCCAGUCAAUGGGAUUUGUUUUCCCCGAAUACCAGAGCAACGGUUCAGGGUCAGAGAGUUCUACAGCGCUGGGCACCUUGACUCCGGCCUCCAGUCCAUCGUCGGCCGUGUGUGGAGCUGCACCAGAACCUGAAGAAGGUCUCAACCUGGAGUGUCGUGUUUGUUCAGACAAGGCCUCAGGCUUCCACUAUGGAGUGCAUGCAUGUGAAGGCUGCAAGGGUUUCUUCAGGAGGACCAUCAGGCUGAAGCUGAAGUACGACAAGUGUGACCUCAAGUGCAAGAUCCAAAAGAAAAACCGCAACAAGUGCCAGUACUGCCGAUUCCACAAGUGCCUGUCUGUGGGCAUGUCCCACAACGCCAUUCGGUUUGGUCGGAUGCCACAGGCGGAGAAGCUGAAGCUCAAGGCAGAAAGCAGAAUGGUGGAAAAAGACGUGGAGAGCCCCCUGCUGGCCGACCACAAGGUUCUGGUCAGGCAGAUCCACGAAGCCUACAUGAAGAACUUCAACAUGAACAAGGCCAAAGCUCGGCUCAUCCUCACGGGAAAGACCAGUAAACCGCCUUUCAUCAUCCAUGACAUGGAGACGUUCCAGCUGGCGGAGAAGACGUUAGCGGUCCAUAUGGUAAACGGUGAGCCCCCAGAUGCUGAGAGCGCUCCUCGGUGUGGGGAUGUGUUCGCAGGUGUGGUUUGCGGGGAGCUGGAGCAGAGGGAGGCCGAAGCCCGGCUCUUCCACUGCUGCCAGAGCACUUCAGUGGAAACAGUGACAGAGCUGACAGAGUUCGCUAAAGCAGUGCCAGGUUUUCAGGAUCUGGAUCUGAAUGAUCAGGUGACUUUAUUAAAGUAUGGCGUUCAUGAAGCCAUCUUCACCCUGCUGGCUUCAUGCAUGAACAAAGAUGGCCUCCUGGUGGCCCGGGGAGGAGGCUUCAUCACACGUGAAUUCCUCAAAAGCCUCCGUCGUCCAUUAAGCGACAUGAUGGAGCCAAAGUUUCAGUUUGCCACUCGAUUCAACUCCCUGGAGCUGGACGACAGUGACCUGGCCCUGUUUGUGGCUGCCAUCAUCUGCUGUGGAGACCGUCCUGGACUGGUGGACGUUCCUCUGGUGGAGCGGCUGCAAGAGAGCAUUGUCCAAGCACUACAGCUCCACCUGCUGGCCAAUCAUCCCGACAACACCUUCCUCUUCCCCCGGCUUCUUCAGAAACUGGCUGACCUGCGGGCACUGGUCACUGAGCAUGCUCAGCUCGUGCAGGACAUCAAAACAACGGAGGACACGUCACUGCACCCUCUGCUGCAGGAGAUCUACAGAGACAUGUACUGACGAGUCGGCACGCCUUGGUCCGACGUUGGAAAAAUGUCAAGAUGUCAAACCAGCCGCAGCUGCUGUGAUGACAUUCACAGAUACUCCCAUACAUAUCAAUGUCCUGUAGGUAACUCUUUGUGCGAUUGUUACUGUGGACAUGGACUGCUGUGACCAACUCACCAUUGGAACCAAAUCGAAGUGACGUUCCUGAGACCGGAGUACCACAAGGAAAAAGGAACCCUCACCACACAGCGUUUAGUUGGGGCCAUCUGCAGUCGUUCCUGUCUUCCAUUUUCCUCAAAGCUACUAAUGGAAAACUAUGCAAAUACAGACAUUUAAUUAAACAAACGCCAUAGUUAUAGCUGCACUGAUUUAACUGGCUAACUGUGUACAAUAAUGUGAACUGGAACGUAAACCAUUGCCUUAAUCUCAGUUGAGUGAAUGAUUUGAGCCACAUUUUCUCAGAACUUCUUGCCAUUAAGGGUUAACUCCACCACUUUGGGUAACGUUUCGUCAGAUAAGCACCUCUGUUGUAACCACACAAAGAAACACGGUUGAUCUAUAGUUUAACUAUUUAAUCUUUGACCAGGGAAUGUCUUUCAUAUUAAUAAACCAACUGUCUUUUGGAAAUACUGUCA